AUGUCUAUUCUUCAAGCAGCUCUCCAACUUUCUUAUUAUGGUCCCAUUGUACUCUUUUCAAUUGGAACUCCGGCAGCCUUAUUGAAUGCUAUUAUUUUCAUGGGUAUAAAAACUCUUCGACAAUCUUCUCCUAGCUAUUAUGUUCUUGGUCAAUCACUCGCCGAUAUGAGUGUAUUGUUAGCUGUGUUACUCCAAGCUAUACCAUCAACAUCAAUGUUUGCCUCAUCCAUCACAUGUAAAUUGAGUAUGUUUUUUCUUCAAUCAACAUCGUGUUUAGCAAUGAAUUUUCUGUGUUUGGCUGCAUUCGAUCGAUGGGCAUGUACAUCUCAAUUAGUUCGCAUACGCCAAUGGAGUUCAUGUCGAAUAGCUCGUCGUUUGUUUCCUCUUCCUUUUCUUAUCUGGCCACUGGUCAAUAUUCCUUUUUUCAUCUAUUGUGACUUGGUACCGCCUACUUAUACUUGUUGGUUUACCAGCAGAUUAUUUGAACAGAUUGCGAAUUAUUUUCUUGAUCCUAUGCUGGCUUUUGUUUUUCCACUUUGUAUUCUCAUCGCUUUCGGUCUGUUAACGUGUCGAAAUAUUCGUCGUGUCACUCAUAUUCGACAACAACCUACUCAAACUCAUUCGCCAAUGUGGGAACAACAAAUGACGAGAAUGAUAGUUACUCAAACUCUUUGCAGUAUUAUAUGUGCACUUCCUCGAGCCAUGUUCGUUAUGUAUAUGGCAGCUACAGUCGAAGAAGAUGCUAAGAAAAGUUUCGAUCAAAUAUCUAUCGAACUGCUUGUCAAUCAAUUGUCUGCCAUUAUUUUAUGCGUCAAUUUUCCUUCAACCUUCUUUAUUUUUAUUUUCGUGUCACCACGUCUUCGAGAAACGAUUAAAAUACAUCUGAAACGUCUAUUCAAUUUGAGACAUAAUCAAAUUGGUGCUGCGAACAUUUCUCUCAUGGGACCACGAAUAAUUACGCGUCAAACAGAGAGAGAAAAUGUUAAUCCGGCUAUGGCAAUUGAACACGUUGGAUGA